AUGUCCUCACUGCCUUAUACUCCAACUCGCGUCCUACCGGCGUCUUCUCGAGAUGAGCUCAUUUAUGUCUUCCAGCCGGCUUCAGCGUCAGGCAAAGGCCAGCUACUUGCGGUCAAUACAAGUACAAAGCUCGAAAAUACCCAGCUUCCCUACUCUACUAUAACGCCCGACCUUCCGUUCUUAAGAGAUGAUAGCGCCGCCUACAUACCAGUGUCUGAUAGCAAUGGCAACCUUUUGGUAUACGGGGGAGACUGCAGUAAAGGGUCUCAAGGUUCGUCCCUCUGGCAAAUCAAGAAUGCGAGUACUAGUCUUCAUGGCAAUGGAACAUGGCAAGAGCUGGACUUGUCCACGGACGCCACAGCCCAAAGUCAGACCCUUGACGGAGCCAAUCAUUUGGCCGCUGGCAUAGCGUUCUCGUCGGUCCUCGACUCGACAACCAGCAUGUAUAUUUUUGGUGGAAUGUGCCCAAAUUCAACCCAGCUAUCUUCAGAGACUUGGACCGGGUCAUCUACAUAUUCGAACCUUAUGCUCUCUAUUGCGCCAAAGCAGCCCUUUGCGUCAUCUGCCACGCCUUCCCCAUCAGCCUUCGAAUUGAGCCUACCUGCAAGUAGGGGACCUCCUGUGCCUGAAGCUGGUUUCACUAUCACUCCUCUCAAUCCAACGUAUUCCUCGUCUAAUGACAAUGUGUCACAAUCGCAAAAUCAAAACUUUAUAUUGUUGGGAGGUCAUACCCGCUUAGCGUUCAUCAACAUGUCACAAUUGGCUUUGUUCUCGUUGCCUGAACAGAGCUGGUCCUUUCUCCCUGUCGAUUUACCACCGGGCACUCCAAACACAGAUCUUGCUGUCCGUGAUUCCAAUGGUAUCGAUUCGCGAUCGGGUCACACAGCGGUCUUGACCUCGGACGGUAAAAGAGUGAUCAUGUUUGGAGGCUGGGUCGGAGAUAUUACUCAGCCAGCAGAUCCGCAAUUAGCCAUUCUUGAACUUGGUCAAGGAUAUGGUGGGUCAGGCGAUUGGCAAUGGAGCAUUCCCAGUACAAGUGGACCGAGUCUGGCAAGUGGAACGGGUAUCUACGGCCAUGGUGCGGCGAUGCUGGACGGGGAUAUUAUGCUAAUCACUGGGGGAUAUAACAUACCUGUCCCAACUGAUUCGAAGCGCAAGCGACAAAGUCCAGCAAUCAACUCGCAGACGUACUUUCUCAACACGACAUCGAACGCAUGGGUAACAAGCUAUGAGCAUCCGAAAAUCAGAACCCAAUCUCCCGCGAAGGAAAAUGAUGAUUCAAAUCGAGCAGCCAAACGGGUAGGCUUAGGAGUCGGACUUACUUUUGGAAUACUUGCUCUCAUUGUCGCUGUUGUUGUCUUUUUCUGGUAUAGCAAACGCCUCAAAAGAAAGCGUGAUGCGCGCAACGAGGAGCUGCGUCGCCUGGCACCCGGUGCGCAGACUUUGCAAUUACCAAUGGCAAAUGACGACCUACAUCAUAAUAGUAUGAGCGAAGUAGGAGUUAUCGACGGAUCAGCUGGCAUUCAUCGCCCGACAAGUGUAGGCAUUCCUGCUUUUCACCGCGAGCCAGAGGCCGAAAGAACAGGUCUAUUGUUCGAAAUCCCAAGUCCAACGCGCGGACUUCGGCGGUCUCUGCACUCACGUGGAAUGUACCAACCUGCACCACGAUAUGAUAAUGGCCGUAGGACCCCGGACUUUAUCAGUACCAUUCACCCCAUUGACGAACGUGACGAAUACGAUGAGCACUUGAACGGCGGCAGCCACUCGAAUGAACAUGAUACAAUACAAAGGAGAGACUAUGAUCUUCUGAGCAACGUCCCCGUUCUUGAUCCAUUUCAGGAUCCGCACGGUGGCUCGAGAAGUCCUUCGCCUCAAUCACCACAGCAAAGGGCUCGUGAAGUUCAGAGAUGGGUUAGCGACUGGACUGCGGCGGAUGCCCUGAUGCACCAGCAGGGAGGACGUUUGUCGCCAGAGAAGACCGACCGGACCUCAUCGACACUCAGCGACCAAUCUGCGAUCUCAAUGCUAUCCUCCAGCUCGUUUCAGGCCUCUGCAGGUACAGUAAGCAGGACUAUGUCUCAACGAUCUGGGGGUCUUUUCAGCCUCGGACCGUUCAGAUCCACUAAUGAUACUACGCCUUUCGAUAUGCAGGGCCCAUCACAUCAACAGAACAGCCCCGAGCACCGCCGCUCCCGCUCGUUGACUUUGUAUUCCAACACAGAACGUAGAGCUGAAACACCGACAUCGUUUGUGACAGCCAAGACUUCUGUUGCCCAACCUCGACCGGAAGGUGCGACAGCACUGCUCGGUGAAGACGAAGGCGAAUCAUCUCCUACCAGAAUGCAAAGUCGUGCAAGAGGACUGAUGGGGAGUUUGAGACGCGCCUUUACGGGAGAACGUAGCCAUUCGGCAUCUCCAGAGCAUCCUCAGAGCACCUCCUCUUCCCCCACGAAGGUUGGGUAUACGGAGCUGAGCAUGCCUCAACGGUCUGCAAGCGCGAGUGGUAUGCUCUGGAGACAUAGACAAGGUGCCAAGGACUGGGACGCUGGUGGUGGUACUCCGGCGGCUGGUCCGGCAGGGAAGACCGGUGAUGAGGAGUGGGAUGUUGAGUCUGCAGUCGCGAACCGAGUGGUGCAAGUCAUGUUCACGGUUCCACGAGAAAAGCUUCGAGUGGUGAAUGCAGGGCCGGAGGGAGACGGGGCAAGCAUCUUAAGUGCACAGGAAAUAGCCGAGACGACGAUGAUGGAAGGUACGCAGGACAGCACAGCAGGCGGAGAAAGCAAAGGCAAGGAGAAAGAAAAGUGA